AGCACUAGAUUCUGUUUUUGUGCGGCAUUCCACGCCUGCUCGAGCUCGCCGUAGGACGCCGUCCGUCGUUGUCAGCCCCGCGUGGUGAUCUCCGUCAAGUAUUGAAAAAAGGUUAGGACUAUGGCGGAAGAUCUUGUGCUAGACACUGCUAUAAGAGAUUGGGUACUGAUCCCUCUCUCAGUUGUUAUGGUCCUCAUUGGUGUUCUCCGCUAUUUUGUUUCUAAACUUAUGCGCUCUUCUCAAACCCCAGAUGCUAAAAUGGUGAAAGAAGGACAAGUUGUUCUUAGAGCUCGGAAUUUACGUGCUGCUGCUAAUUUUAUACCUUCAAAGGCUUUUCGGGCACGCAAGAUUUAUUUCUGCAAUGAGGAAAAUGGUCUCUUGUUUGUUCCCAAGGGCCAAGCCCAGAAUCCACAAGCACAGAUGUUCUCUGAUCCGAACAUGGCUAUGGAUAUGAUGAAGAAAAAUCUUUCAAUGAUCAUACCUCAGACUCUUACUUUUGCUUGGGUGAACUUUUUCUUUUCUGGAUUUGUAGCAGCCAAGAUACCCUUCCCAUUGACUCAGAGGUUUAGGUCAAUGUUGCAGAAUGGGAUUGACUUAAGCACAGUGGAUGUUAGCUAUGUCAGUAGUCGCUCUUGGUACUUCCUGAAUCUGUUUGGGCUAAGAGGGUUCUUUAGUCUCAUCUUGGGGGAAGAAAAUGCUGUGGAUGAUACGCAACGUAUGAUGCAAAUGGGUGGAUUUGGUUUUGAUCCUUCAAAGGGUCUCAGUGCUGAGAAGGACAAUCUUGACAUAACCCAGCAUGAUUGGGCUUUGCCCAAUGUUGAGCAUCGUGCUGAAGCUGUGUUGAAGAAAUUGGUCAGUUGAACAGCUCAUGAAACGGGCGGUUUGGUAAAUUUGCUUUGUGAUCACCAGCACAGGGACGUAGAUCAUCUUCAGCUGUUGCUGUUGCUGUUGGCCUGUGAAGAUGUAGCUGAUCAAGUCGAGAUCGUAGAUUUUAUUUCUAUGCUGAAACUUGAUGAUAUUUUUAAAUAUUGAUCAGAAAACAAGUUCACAAUCUUGUAGAAACCAUAACAGAAAUUUUCUUCUUGCAUUCUACUUUUAGGCUGGUCACGAGAGACUAGUUUCCCAUGCAAUGUUGGACUCUGAACUCGUUGUAACUUUCGUCUGUUUCCUUAGUUCCUUGAAAAGUUUUGUCUGAUAUAUUAUCCUUGAA